AUGAGCAGCAAGAACCUAAUGACGACGGGGACGGUAAUAAUGGUGAUGAGCAUGAUGAUCUGUGCCGUGCCCGCUGGAAGGCCUCCGGAAAGUCUACUUAUUUACAAAAUCCGGAGCAGCGAAGGGCGGGGACUCACACAGGCUCAUCGACAUAUGGUGAAGAGAGAAGCUACCGACUGGCUGGAACAAGAAGCCCCCGCGCGUGCGUCCCGUCUCGUCCUCCUGCUGACGAAGGCCGGCCUCGAGCUCACCAGGCGAAAGAGAAAUGCGCAGGCAGACCCCGGCGUGAGCGAGGACCACGCGGACACGCCUGCUGAAGACAUGCCAGCGAACGAUUUUCCAGCAGCGGCGGAAGAAGGACCGAACGCUGACGGAACGAAGACGGUGCCGGAGCGAGAAACGAAGACGCAGAGGAGAAGGAAGAUAAGAAAGAAGAAGAUCCCAGGAGUAGCACCAAGGUCGGGUACGCUGCUGAGACAUGGCAACAGCAUCGUGAAGGUCAGACGUGUGAAGAAACGGAAGAAAGUUCCUGAAGGCGAGAUACAAGGGACUCAGCUGCGAAUGGGAACGGCUAAAGGGAACGGCGUCGCGAUUCGCCAGGGAACGGCAGCCGUGAAGGACAAGACAUCUCGGCAGGGUGAGAGCUACCGCCAGGGGGCAGCCAGGCAGAGUGCUACAGAAGAGGAAGAAUACUAUUACUAUUACGAGUAUUACGAAGAUACUGGCGAUUCCGCAGUCCAGAAUGAAAAAAACGUGACAAAUAACAAUGCAAGUAAUACACUGGGCCAGCAAGGAGACGGCACCGAUGGCUACGAAGAUUACUACUACUAUGACGAAAGUCCCGAUACCGAGAGCCCAGGGGACGGCACCGAAGGCCAAGAAGGAGACGGCACCGAAGGCGACCAGGAUUACUACUACGACGACACUGGAGGAGGAGACAACGCCGACGGAGGAGAUGGCACCGGCGGCCAGGAGGGAGACGGCACCGACGGAGACACAGAAUACUACUACGACGAAACUGGUAAGAGGAUGCGAAGGGCCGAAUGA